GGAGAAAUUCACAGGUUUCAAUGGAGCGCUAUGGCUUCUGGUAGAUCGAAAUCUGUAAGGUUUCAGGAUAAUAUUGAUAAAGAUAUAUUGAUGGCUAGCAUAGAAAGUGCCAUGUCGAUGUCAGAUCAUAAGAUGAAUGCGAGAAACAGGUUGAUGCAGAGAAAAGAACUUUCAAGGGUGUUUUCUGAGGAUUAUGAUGCGUCGACAAGAAAGAUAUUCGAUCCCAGGGGACCGAGCGUAAACAGAUGGAACAAGAUGUUCCUUGUAGCAUGUUUGAUUUCAUUAUUUGUGGAUCCCUUCUUCUUUUACUUGCCAGAGGCUAAGAAAGACAAGUGCAUUGCUAUAUCUGCUGCACUCGAAGUUUCCCUCACCACAAUUCGGUCCAUGGUUGAUGCAUUUUACAUCAUUCAUAUAUUUAUUCGAUUUCAAACUGCUUAUGUUGCUCCUUCCUCUCGUGUUUUUGGUAGAGGAGAGCUAGUUAUAGACCCUUCAACGAUUGCAUCAAGGUACCUCCAAAAACACUUCUGGCUUGAUCUUCUGGCAGCCCUCCCUCUUCCCCAGGUGUUGAUUAUAGCUGUAAUUCCAAAUCUAAGGGGGUCGCAAAUGAUUGCUUCAAGGCAGAUUCUGCGUCUUGUGAUCAUUUUCCAGUACUUGUUGAGGUUGUGUCACAUCUUUCCCCUUUCAUCUGAAAUAGUUAAAGCAAAUGGACUCAUGAUGGAAAAAGCCUGGGCUGGGGCAGCUUAUAACCUUAUGCUCUAUAUGCUAGCAAGUCAUGUCUUAGGAUCCUCCUGGUACCUCUUGGCAAUCGAAAGGCAGGAUGAGUGUUGGAAAAAAGCUUGUAAUCUUGAGUUCCCAUAUUGUCACUACCGUUAUCUUGAUUGUCAAACAAGAAGUGAUCCAGUCAGAGCAGCUUGGUUUAGAUCAAGCAACCUUUCAACUUUAUGUGAUAAGAACAGUGAUUUCUUUCAGUUUGGUAUCUUCGCCGAUGCUCUCACUUUGGAAAUGGAGGACACAAAAUUCUUAAGCCGAUAUUAUUAUUGCCUUUGGUGGGGCCUGCGGAAUCUCAGCUCUCUGGGACAGAAUCUCCUGACCAGCACUCAAGUUGGAGAGAUAAAUUUUGCUGUGAUUAUUGCCAUUCUUGGCUUGGUGCUUUUUGCACUUCUAAUAGGAAACAUGCAAACGUACCUGCAAUCAACUACUUUGCGACUGGAAGAGUGGAGAAUAAGAAGGACAGAUACAGAACGAUGGAUGCAUCACAGGCAGUUACCUCGUCACCUGAAGCAAAGUGUGAGACGCCAUGAACAAUUCAGAUGGGUUGCUACGCGAGGAGUUGACGAGGAAUCCAUUCUUCGAGACCUCCCUGUCGAUAUCAGACGCGACAUCAAACGCCACCUGUGUCUUAACCUCGUUCGACAAGUACCCCUGUUUGAUCAGAUGGACGAGAGGGUGCUAGACGCGAUAUGUGAAAGACUGAAGCCUUCUCUAUGUACUCAAGGAACGCUCCUAGUUCGCGAAGGAGAUCCUGUGACUGAAAUGCGCUUUAUCAUUCGAGGACGCUUAGAUUCGUGUACUACCAAUGGUGGCAGAAGCGGGUUCUUCAAUUGUUGUAGAAUCGGACCAGGUGAUUUCUGUGGCGAGGAGCUGUUGCCAUGGGCUCUGGACCCGCGUCCAAGCGUCGUACUUCCUUCAUCAACUCGCACAGUGAAAGCCCUGACUGAAGUGGAAGCUUUCGCUCUCAUAGCCGAAGACUUGAAAUUUGUGGCAGCUCAGUUCAGGAGGCUACACAGCAAGCAGCUGAGGCACACGUUCAGGUUUCACUCGCAUCAAUGGAGGGCAUGGGCAGCUUGCUUCAUCCAGGCGGCUUGGUUUAGAUAUAAGAGAAGGAAAGAGGCGAGUGAGCUAAAUCGUAGGGAGCGUGCAAGGAAGGUGGAUGCUAAUGAAACUACAACGCAUUUCUCUGCACCUUUGCACUUGCAAACUCUAAUAAGUUCCAGUGUUGCGAUGCAUAAAGCGGCCAAGUUGGGAGGCAGCUCGAGGAAAGGUGGAAGCUUGCGAUAUGGUUCUGAACUUGAUAUUCUUGGUUCACUGAGGAAGCCUCUUGAACCUGAUUUCAGUACUGUUGAAGACUGGUGAAGUAUGGCUGGGAUUAUGUAUGCAUAUUCUCUGUUCACGCAUGUCGUUCGAAUUACCAGUGUGAAAUAAUUAGCUAGGAGAUUCGGGCUACUUCACUCCAGUGUCAUUCAGCAUGCUCCAAUCUUAUUCAAAUAUAGCUUCUCGUUGGGUUUGGACUUUGGA